AUGCCGAGCGACACGCGAAUAUGCCGUGAACGGGACGUGGAGGCCGACAUUCCACUGCUGAAGGACACACCCGAAAGCGAGGAGGGCUCCCAUGGUGCUGCGGAACACCCCGAAACCCUCGGCCGUCCAUACGCAUUGUGGCUGCCGGUGUCCGUGGCGGCUGUGGUUCUCUCUAUUUUGUUUUACGGAGUUAUCCACUACCGAGCGGCAAACGAUAUAUCAUGCCAGCGUCGUAUGUGGCCUUACAGCCCCGAGACGGACCACCUCGAGUUCGAGGUACGGCAAUACGACUCGGAUCUGAUCCCCAACGAGCUUUUCGGACUGCCCACUCAGGAGCGCCGCGAUGCUUGGGACUGGUUAUGGAAGAGUGAGCCGGGACGCAUCAGCUUCCCAUAUGAGAAGUUGGACUCUGUAAACAAGUCGACGGAAGCUCGCGAGUGGUGGACGCUGCCUUUUCCGCGGAACGACGAAGUGAUUGCCAUGUCCGAAGUGAUGCAUCAGGUGCACUGCGUCGGCGUGCUCUGGCUGUUCGCCCACCGCGACAACUGGGACUACCGCACGAUUCUCAACAGGACGGAGCUCUUCAUGCAGAUCCACCAACGCCACUGCGGCGUGGUGCUGCUGGAGAUGGUGAAGUGCAUGGCGGACGUGACGCCUGUGCUCUUCCAGCACGAUGGGAACAAGCGACUGGGCGCGUGGAAGCCGCGGGAUGCGCCGAGACGGUGCAAGAAUUUCGACCUCCUUGCACAGUGGGAGCGGGACAACAGCAUCUGUCCUAUGGCCUGUACGCCAGAAGAUGUAUCUCGCAUCUACAAUCAUACCUAG